ACGAGGCUCCUUUUAAUCAUAUAGACAUAUUUUAAAGUUGGAAAGCGGGAGGAAGCUGAUAGUAUAUAUCCAAAUUUACAGUGAUACAAAAAGGAUGAAAAAAAAAAAUAGCAAUAGAAUUGAUAUUGAAUACAUGAGCACUCAGUUGGAAGAAGAUGAAGGAGGGUACUCUGCUUUGAUCAGAGUGUAGGAAAUCUUACGGUGGGGCGUUACAAACGCAGAAACCUAUGAAUGAUGUCAGCGGUGAAACUUAAACGACGUCGUGUUAAGAGGUACCUCUACAACGCAGCGUCAGAAACGGAGGAAAUCAAAAUAUGUGGGCUUGUACAUCAGUUUCAAACGGAGAGCCAUGGUUUUAACUUGGGAUACAACGGAGAAACUAAAGCGACGUCGUUUUAUUAGAAAUCCGGAGUUCAGUGACAUCGUCUUCCUUGGAUUGGGGCUAGGGUUAGCACCUGUGCACCACCGCAAUCAGCAGAAAUGGCGGAGCUGUCAAUCCCAUCAAACAGCGGAGAUUUAGAGGAGCAUGAGCAAGUUAUGAGCGAGGUACACCUGGGCUGCCCUCCUGGUCUCUCUGGCCCCCACAUUUCCAAAUUCACUAUCUCCUUACCACCACAGGGCGCUGAAUCUAUAAGACAAGGGGAAGCAGUUUCAACACAGCAAAAUAUUGAAUUGGAUGAAGAUGGUGAUCUUGUUGUAAAAAGGCGUAACAGACAAUCGAAUCGAAGUUGUUGUUUGAUCAUCCAGCAUAAUAUCACAUCAUCGAUUCCUAAUGUUGGGUUACAGGUGUGGAGAGCAGAAUUGAUAUUGUCGGAUUUUGUGUUGCAUAAGAUUCAUACAUCAUCUGAAUUUGAGGGAAUUGUUUCAUUAGAACUUGGUGCUGGAACAGGGAUGGUUGGUAUAAUUCUUGCAUGUGUUGCUAAGAGAGUGUUCAUAACAGACCAUGGUGAUGAAAUCCUUGACAACUGUGCUAAUAAUGUUCACCUUAAUUCUGAAAUGUUCAAUCAUCAAGCUUCAGUUUAUGUACGUGGACUCAAUUGGAAAAAUUCAUGGCCGCCUACCAUGGAUUCAGAGAGCUCUGAGACUCAGAAAAGGUUUUCUUGGACCGCAUCAGAAGUUGAAGAAGUCCAGGGAGCUUCUUUACUCUUAGCUGCCGAUGUAAUUUACAGUGAUGAUCUGACUGAUGCAUUUUUCAAUACCUUAGAGAGAUUAAUGUCUCAAGGUUCAGAAAAGGUGUUAUACUUGGCACUAGAGAAACGCUACAAUUUUAGUCUUGAUGAUCUUGAUGUUGUUGCGAAUGGAUAUUUGCGUUUCCAAAGUUAUUUGAGGGAUGCAGAAGAAUGUGAAAGCCUUGAACAUGAACCCCUGCCUCGCUUUGUAGGGAAGCCCAUCGAUCUCACACAAAUUCCACAAUAUGUAAGAGAGUACAACAGAGGAAAUGACAUUGAGAUAUGGCAGAUCAAUUUGGCUCAAUUUUAAUGGAGGGUAGCCAAGGCAAUGAGCAUCCAAGCAAUGAAGUUGAAGAAAAUAAUGAAUGGUAUGACACAGUGUGGACUUACAGCUUCAAGCCAAUGUGUGAUGGCUAGUUUCUGAGCCUUCCCAUCCUUGGACAAUCCAUUCCCAAUCUAAAGUCAUGAAGAAAAACAAAAAAUCAUGUACAAAUAUUGAAUGGUUUUUAGCAGAAAAAAGGGUUGAGUUGGUGACCGAAAGCAGAAUGGAAUAGGGUCGGCCUUAGUAUAGAAAUGUACUUUUUUUGGUACCUAUGGAAAAUGCAUUACCAAUCAAGUGGUGCUUGUUGGUUCUGA